GAAUGGAUCCGAUUGGUUUUCAGCACACAAGUGGGCGGGGCUUUGUUUGCGCCACACAUUUGGCGCGCAUCGCUGCGCUCUCGUGCAGCAGAUGCCGUUGGCUGAGGUACCUGUUGCGUCGUAGAAGGAAGGAUGGAGAGCAAGAGGACAGAGAGUUAGGCCUGUUUUAUCUCACUACAACGAACAAAUAGAGGACAACCGACAGGUGUAUUUCAGUAAUAUAAUGAAUUUGGCUUCAGUUUCAAAACAUAAUUUCUUAUUGACAAAUUGAAAGAUGCGUCGAAUGUUAACAUAAAACAUGCGUCGGAUGUUAACGGCUGUCUGAAGUGGAUAACAGUUAAAAAAAACAGAAAAUCCUGUUUUCCUCAAUAUUACCUGCAUUAAUCGAGGCUGAAAUCCUACUUAUAACGUCGAGGCUACUAUUUAAGCCCAUUUCACCGCUCCAGCUAAUAUGCUGGGCUGGGCAGUCCAGUGGACGGUGUGUCUGCUGUGGUUCCUGCGGAUGAGCGAAUCCACUGAAGACUUCGCGGGGGAGUCUGGCUCCGGCGGGGCGCCUUCAGAGGAGGUGAACAUUCUGGAUGAGCUCUCUCUCCAGGUGUCAAACAGCUCCAAUGCCUCCAUCUCUCUGGAUGGGGAGGCCAGGUGUCCUGUCCUACUGGUGGGCCAGUAUUCCACCUUGGCCCUGCCUCUGGAUGAAAUCUUCACUGACGGGUUCCCAGAUGAGUUCAGCCUGCUGGUGCAGCUCCGCAGCAGCCUGACAGAGGAGAGCAGCCUGCUCACCUUGCUCAGCCGGGACGGCGAGGUCAUGCUACAGCUGAGGACCAGCGGCCACGCCCUCACCUUCAUAGGCACCCAGCAGAGGCACUACGAGUUCCCAGUGAGCGGUCUGACUGACGGAGAGUGGCACCGCCUGGCGGUGAGUGUGUCUCUGGAGCGGCUCGCGGUGUACGUGGACUGUGUGCUGUUUGAGUCCCUGGACUGGGUCUACUACGGCAUGGCCGUCUCCACCGCCGGCCUGCUGAUGGUCGGGGGGACCGUCAGGGGACACGAGACCCCCUUUGAAGGUGCCAUCCGACAGCUGAGCUUCAUGGCGGGCGACCCCAUCGCCGCCCGGCUCCACUGCAGCCUCCACCCUCCCAGGUGUGGGGGUGGAGGAGGAGGGCGCCGUGCCUCCAAGACCCCCCGCUCCCCAGGCACUAACAGCCCCCUUGAGGAGUUCCUCCUGUCCUCGAAUGACCUAGAGAACUUGGAGGGGGGCGCCAUGGACAAGUCUAGCCUGCUCCUCCGCUCCUCCUCGAACGCGUUCCUGCUUCGGAGCAGCUCCAGAGGCGACGGCACCGUGCCUUCAGGGACCCGUCGAGAAGGUUCGGUGGGCCAGGGGGUCGUCCUGAUGGUGGACGAGGACACCGACCUGUUCAACCCCGUCUUCCAGGGGGUAGGGGGUCAGCUCAACCCCCAGUGGAAGCCCCCCAGGACGGGCGCAAAGGGCCACCACGAGGGCAAGGCCGGAGCUCCCUCCAAAGGCCUGGAGGAGAACACCACCACCGGGAAGAGGGUGGAGACCGACUCGGGGGCCAGAGGGGAAUCCCUGCUUCCUGGAACCCCCAAGGGGGACAUUAUCCUGGACCUAGACACAAGGACCGGCCCCAAGAAGCCCUCUGGUACAUUCCCUGAUGGCAAGAUCCCCUCUGGAGAUCACACAAGGAACCCUGGAGCAGACGACGUACAGGAGGGUGGCUCCUCCCCUGGCUCUGCCGGGACCCCCUCAGGCAAGAGGGUCCCCGGGGAGAGGAGCGUCAGCUUGGACAACGCCAUCGAUGAAAAGCACCAGGGCUUCGUUGGCGGCGUAUCCGGAGACAGGGACGUGGCCCUGGGCUCAGACGGCCGCUGGUACAGGCUACAGAGAGGGGCCCUUGGACGCAUGGGACCUCCAGGGACAGAAGGCGACCCCGGCGACCCUGGCCUGCCCGGUUUUAAAGGGGACAAGGGGAAGUUGGGCCCCUGGGGUCAGGCAGGGAGGCGGGGGGACCAGGGCCCUCCAGGACCACCAGGGCUGCCCUCCCUCUACCUGUGGAAGAACACUGCAGAGGAGUGGGCUGCCUUUCAGCAAACCAACUUCUUCCAUCUCCUGAGAUCAGGCUGGCCUAGUACAGAAGGAGCAGAGGGACCCCCGGGGGAGCUGGGCAGGCUGGGGAAUCAGGGUCUUCCUGGUGAUCAGGGAGAGCGAGGGCGACCAGGGAUAAUGGGCGAGAUGUUUGACACGGCUGCUCUGCAGAGUCUGACCCAGAGCGAUGAGGGCUGGGUGAACGGGGAAACAGAGGGGCUACAGGCACGCCAGGGAUCCCAGGAAAGGAUGGGCAGAGUGGGCAGCACGGGCAGCAAGGACCCCCUGGACCUCCAGGACCAAAGGGUCCCAUGGGCGUCCGUGGAGCUGAGGGACUAG